GGUCGCUUUUCAUUCGACGAAAACCUUUCAUCAUAGCCAAUUCACGGAAUCCUAGAGUUUACAUGAAGUUGGAAACAAAUCAACCAUGGUGUACGCGUCAAAUCCACGGUUCAUGAAUCGUGUGCUUGAUGCCGUGAUACAUCUAUGCGAGGGAAAAGGAUCUACCGCUCGAGAUGUUCUUGACUUCCUUCGACAAACUUCCAAGAGUACGCCGAGAAAUUUAACGAUGCAGGUUCAUCGGGCUUUGAAGCACGCGGUGAAUGCUGGAUUGUUGCGGCAUAGAAGUGGUCGUUACAAGGCAGUGUUCACGUUAAAUCCAGCUCCGAUUAAACAGCCCGUGAACGAGAAUAACGAACAGAAAUCCGUCGAUGAAAUGAACACUUUCGGCAAGCAACAAACGUCUUCGAAAAGUCAAUCCAGCGACAAAGAAGAAAAUAGGAGGUCACAUUACGAAAGGAGACAAAAACGCAGCCAUAGUCGUCAGAGAAAACGAAAACGUCGCAGUGAAUCCAGAAAGCGCGACGAGCUCAAGGAUAUCGAUAAAAUACGGAAAUUGAAGUACAAAGAAAAAAGGGAAAGUGUUUGGUCACCACAACACAAGAUCUCCAAUAGCAAGAUUGAAACAGAUAUCGGGAACACAUCAGACUUACCUAAUCGUAAAAGAACCAGGACGAAACGGAGGGAUUCGAGCAACUACAGCGAUUUGUCGGAUUACAGCGACUAUGAGGAUAGAAAGGUUAAAGUAAGGAGGAGGAAUUCGACAUAUCAGGAUUCCAAACACGACGAAUCUGGAAAACAAAACAGAAAAUCGAUUUCACCGCAUCAUAGCCCACAAAGACAACAAUCCCAGCAAUUAAGCAUGAAAUAUUCCAACAAUGACGAUAAAGGAAGUAAACUGAAUGUCAACGAUGGAAAGAACGACGAAGUUCAAGACGGAGAGAAUGAACACGAGCCUAAUAAUAGUGGAAGUGGUAGCAUAUUGUGAACUUAUGUCGAUUUAUGUCAUGAGAAUUAUUUGUAAAUGAAUUUUCUUUCAUGUCUUAUUAUACAAAAUUUUUCAUGA